AUGAAGCGUUUAGAGCUAGCUCACGCGCUGCACCACCAGCAGCAGCAGCACCAGCAGCAGCAGCAGCAGCAGCAGCAGCAGCAGCAGCAGCAGCAGGAGCAGCAACAGCAGCAAAUGCAAGAGUUUCAGCAGCAGCAGCUGCAGCAGCAGCAGCAACAGCAGCAGCAGCAACAGCAGCAGCAACAGCAGCAGCAGCAGCAGCAGCAGCAACAGCAGCAGCAGCAACAGCAGCAGCAGCAACAGCAGCAGCAGCAACAGCAGCAGCAAAUCCUGUACAACACCACUCAGUAUAGUAUCUGA